GAGCGGUCAAGGCCGGUUCGUAACAGGACGGAAGUCGUCGACCGUUUGGACCACUGGCAAGGGAAACAAACACGUUCGCACUGGCGCCCGUGUCUGACGUCGAAAUCCUGGAUUGCGUGGUAGACGCGUGGCAUCGCAUGCACGAUUCGGUGCAACAGGCCUUCGGACAGCCGGCGCUAGUUGUGCCGUCGCGCUCUGUUGCUAGGGUGUACGGUGCGCGGUUGCAUAGCGAUUGGUGUUUCGCGGUAGCUGUACUAGGUGCAGCUGAAGCGACGACAGCGCAGCAUCAACGGAGACUUGGUGUAGUGCGACGCUACUUCUGCUCACACUGACAUGACUCAAGUCAUGAACUACGGCGCUCUUAGAGCGGCCGACGACAGCCCAUCGUAUGGGGCCGCCGGGACCAAAUCGGCACUGAAGGAAAGCGCUGCAGAUGUGGCGCGGUUUACGGGGAGGGUCAAAGUGAAGAUAUGCGAAGCGACGGUGUUCGACGCAAUUGACCUGCAAGCGGAGGACGUGAUCUUCUCAAGGGACGAACAGGCAGACACGUUCUACGUCACCCUCAGCGUCGAUGACAUGUUCAUCAGCCGUUCGAACACCAAGCGCAAGACGACGAAUUUAGUGUGGAACGAGUGUUUCACGGCCGAUGUGCACGGCGCGAGGAAUGUUGGUUUCACCGUCUUUCACGUGGCGACGCACAACUCUGACGACUUGCCGGUUGCCAAGGGCAGCGUUACCGUCGACGAGCUGGUCGAAUCUAUACACAAUAAGCGAUCGGGCGGAUACGAGAACGACGUUUGGAUUGACCUCAAGCCUGGAGGAAAACUACAUGUUGUCAUCAACCUCGUACCGGAUGAGAAUGUUGUGGAGGAGUGCCAACACGAGUCCAAAGAGCGACACGCCCUUAUCCAACGCCAGAUCCCUGCGCGUGGAAAGGUGCAUGAGAUCAAUGGCCACAAGUUUGUGGCCACACUUCUGCGGCAGCCCAGCUUCUGCUCCCGUUGCCAUGGUUUCAUAUGGGGCAUUGGAAAGCAAGGCUACCAGUGCAAAGCCUGCACGUGUGUAGUUCACAAGAGAUGUCACAUGCUAGUGAUCACCAGAUGUGCAAAUACGAGGCAAGUCAUCGAUGACGAGUUGGCUACUGGAAGCCAUCUCAUAAACAACCCGCACCAGUUUUCUGUGCGAAGCUUCAGACAGCCAACCUUCUGCGACCACUGUGGGACGUUGCUAGCUGGCCUGACUGAGCAAGGAGUUCACUGCAAAGCGUGCCGUAUGAAUGUGCACAAACGAUGCCAGAAGAACGUCGCCAACAGCUGUGGCAUCGAUGCAGCAGUCUUUAGUCACACAGGAUCCUCUGACAGCACACGCAGCAAACGAGAUUAAAAGAAGAUCUUGUAGGCUGGAACAGCACUUGAUCAAUACAAGCAACAAGGUAUUGAGCAGAGUGAAAAAGCAAGAGGCAUGCACUAAGGAAGCGAAGAGGGCUCCACAAUAAACAUUAUCAAUUAUUACGGCUUCCCAUAUGAAAAUAUUCAACCAGUGCAGCUGGAAGUUGCCGAAGAGGAUGCUCAGUGCUGAGGGGAUUCUGUUGGUGAGUAUGAGGUCACAGAUUUGAUUUUCAGUGGAGGAGGCCACAUUUCACGAGAGAUGAAAUGCAAGAAUUCAUGCUGAGAUUUCAGCACCUUGAUAAAAGUGUUCAAAAUUUAUCCAGAGCCCUGUCCCCCUGCUACAAAGUAUUCCAUGCCUGAACUGUGCCUUUGGGUAAAAAAAGCCUGAAGUUAUUAUGAGUAGUAAUGUGCAACUUUUUUAUUAUCUGCUUUCCAUCUGUCACCAAUUAUGACUGCGAGAAACUAGAGAAAUCCUGCUGUGUAUGCUGGAAAUCAAAUAUCAGAUGCUGAAAAGCUCAUCAGGUAGUCAGUUGUUUUCUCCUGAUGUAAAAUUACUUCACAGGGAUGGCAUAGCCUAUCUGACUAAACUUUGAGCAUGUCGGCCAGUAGAAAGACAGAUAAUUUCAGUUUUGCACUAGUGGCUGGUAUUACUUUAUUUUCAGACUUAUGGAACUCGGUGAAGUGAAUGUAUUGAACGUGUACACUGUGCCUUUCACCCAUUAUUUUCCAGUUUGCAGUUAUCUACAACAUCAAACGCAUGAAAUUAAGAAGGAAAUUUGAUCUUACUAACUUGUCUAAACAAGAACAGUUUGCUUAGUUUCUCACUAACCUCAUGUGCUUUGCCACAAGCUUUCCUUCUGGCAGUAAAUAGACUGAAACAGUGCAGCUUGUGUUAUAUAUUGUUCCACCCUUUGUGACUCGGACACAGCUGGCAUAUUCAGAAAGUGUGUGCAUUGUGUGAAUCCCAUGCUGGGCGUCGACUUGAUUGUGCUGCUCAUAAAUGCCCUGAAAGCAUUGAACGUGCCUCAUUUUUUUGUGUGUUGAGAGCAAUGUAUGUGCCUUUCUACUUCAAUCAUAUCAAGACUAGUUUAACCUCAUAGCCGAAAAUGAACUUUGGUAGCUAUGGCAAAGUUUCGACGACUGUGCUGUGUUGUGCUUAUCAUGUUCAGUAGAGAGGCUGCACACACGUUUGCACAACCUACAAAUCUGUUCAUGUGUAAGCUGAUCAGUUUGUGCAUAAAGUCGAUAUUGUGAUGACGUAGGUUAGUUAUUCAGAAUUGAAGGAACAUGCUAUUUUCUCAUAACUCAAGUGAAUGCUUUUGCUAAGUGGCGUGCAGAGAACACCAGAAGAAUUCAACCAAAUGCUUUCUUUAGUCUUCAGCCUUCGUAGUAAGGAGUUUCAUGUUUGGCAUGCCAUAUAUACCUUGUAUUGCAGAGAAUAACCGUUUAUACCAUGUCCGUAUUUUUGGAAGGUGCGAAUGUGGUUUUUGGCAAUAGCAGCCCCAUACUCAGAAGGUUCUCACCCUUUGCAAGAUAAGAUCAUUUGGCAGCUGUAAUAGAGACAAGCAUACUGUCAUGCAUCUAAAUGAACAGCUAACAAACAACUGUACAAACUGCUACUAUAGUAGCAUCCUUUACAAAAUCUUCAGCACUGUGUAUUGCUCUGCAACAGAGAUCUAAAGAUCCGCACAUGUGUUGAUUACUCCUGCAGUAAUGGCAAGGUGUCGCCGAUGUGCUGUAUGUCAUAUAACAUGUCACAGGCUAUAUAGAAGAGUACUCAUGCAGCACCCCAUCAUUGCGGGACUUUGAUGAUGCCAUUUAGAAAGUGAAAAACUUUUAAAACACGAAGACAGUGGAACAACUUAAAAUGAUGAAGGUAUUUGUUGUCAAAAUGGGUAUACCGUUUUAUUUCUGCGUUACAGAAAUGUAAUAUAUGAAUAUAGAAGAGAGCCCAUGCUGUUCUGUAGUCAAAUAUGUUGCCUUGAUUUGUUCCAUUGUUCCUCUCAUAUGUGACUUGCUUUUUUUUCUUCGUCAUUUGUCUGAAUGCAUAUUUGGCCACUGAAAGGUUCACGUUCAUGCUGGCCACAAACAAACUGCUAUGUGGAUUGAUAAAUGUAAGAAUUUGCUUGCCUUCAAUAAAUAUGUCUGUUACCACU